AGGAAUUCAGAUCUUGAUGGGAAGAUUUAUAUCAGAUGACAAUUGGACACUGCAAGUCCCUUCGCGAGAAGGCAGUAUAUAUUCGUAACUGGCAGUAAUUAAAGCUUGUCAAACUGAUGGAGCAAUCAAAGGAACUCAAAGUUGUCAAUGAUCAAUUCAUUACCUGAAAUGUCUGCCUCGAAGAUCUAAAAGACAGCCAUGGAAGUUGAAUCUGCACAUACACAUGAAAUGAUGUGGAAGGAGUCGGUAAUCCAUAUUUAUCUUGUCAACCAAGGAGUUUCCUUAAAUUAAUUCUAAUCCAUCAAAGUCAGCUUAUUAUUCUCAGAUUUCCUUCCGACAUCAUCGCAUACUAUUCUCUACAUGAUUUAUGUUGAUUUCUUUCUGAUUAUUUGUGUAUUUAUUUUUAUAGAUUUCUUUCAUAAGAUCAGAAUCACAACUGUUUAAGUGAAGUGAAUCAUCCAGAUAAAGAAAUAACAAGAUGUGAUCUAAAUAUAAUUAUGUGGAACCUUCAUCAUCCCCUAACUUGUUGGAACCAUAGACAGAAAGUCCAGUGUUAAUAGUAAGAAUGAGUAGAUAUUCUAUGUGAAUCCAAUCUCAUAUACUGUUGACUUCGUAUCAGUUGUAAACCCUUUGCACCGAUCACAUCUCAUGUGGUGAGUUUUAGACUGUCUUCCACUUGUUAUUCUUAAUCAUUUAAAGAUAUGCAUCCACGAAAAGGUGCAAAUGGAAAGUCUUGUGAGAGAAGGUGCGACGAGGAGAGAGAAGGGGGAAUGUAAGAGAUUAAUAGCUGUGUGGGUUUCUUUGAAAGGCAUUAUCUCUCUCCCUCUCUCUCUCUCUCUAUUCCCUUGCCAUCUUUUUCGGUAACUCCAUUUAAACUAUGAGAUCAGUCCGUCCUUCCAAACUAGGGAGAUAGCAUUCAAUCUCUUGCCAUGCAUGCCUUCUCACUUUCUCUUUAUAUUCAUCAGGAGAAGAAGGAAUUCUCCCAGUAGUCCAAUCGUUCAUCUUGUAGAUCUCUCAUGGACGUCGGCCCUUCGGAGAACUCGGGCGUCAUGGAAGAGGAGGAGGAGGAGGAGGAAGGAGACAGUACGCAGCAGCUGAUACGGAAAGACGAGUCGAAGACCAACUUCUUAUUGGAUUUGGGUCUGUCGGCCAACGAUGGAUCGUCGUCUUCAUCGCCCCUGCUCGAGCUCAACCUCAUCGGUUCGCUCGGCUGGUCGAAUUCCGAGCCGCCGCCACCGGAGGAGGCGGCGUCGCCGGAGUCGGAGCCACGGGUGUUCUCCUGCAACUACUGCAAGAGGAAGUUCUAUAGUUCGCAGGCGCUCGGCGGGCAUCAGAACGCGCACAAGCGCGAGCGCAACCUCGCUAAGCGCGGCGGCCUGGGGCUCGGUGAUCAUGCCGCUGUCGGUUACAGGCUUUCGGAAAGCAUGGGGAACCUGCCCCUGCACGGGUCAUACGCCGGCGGGCCGCUCGGCAUGCAGGUGCACUCCAUGAUCCAUAAGCCAUACAUUGGAACAGCCGCUGGUUUGAUGUACGGGCGGCAUGGGUGGCUGCGGUCUCCGAUAGCCAACUCUCAGCCAGCCAUAGGGCGGUUGUUGACGGAAGAGUUCUACGGCGGAGGAAGAGCACAGCCGGCGGCCAAGUUCGAGGAGGCGAUAGUAGCAGCAGCAGCGGUGGGUGGGAAGCACUGGGUUGGCGGCGGCGGCGGUGGUGGAGGAGGUGGUGGUAACCACUUGAAUCCUAGACAGGAGGAGUUGCCUAAGCUUGACUUGUCCCUUAAACUCUAGAGCAGCAGUUGACUUGACUGUAUAGCUUUCUAAUGCUUUGAUUCUAAUUUCUCUCUCAAAAACAAUUUGCACACUGUGCUGCUUCAUGUUCAGUAAACUCUUUCUACUUUCUUCUGACUUUUGAUUUUUGUAUAGAAUAUAAUUGGUUGCUUUUAAAUUGAUUUUUUUC